GUCUGUCGGCUCGGGAUCGGCAUCAAGCGGGUCCGUACCUUUCUUGAACUACCGAGAACAUCAUCAUUGUUUACUUUCUGCUUCAACUACCAGCACCCACUCCCACACCCACCCAACCUUUGAAAUGCUGCCUCCAAUCGAUGAAGCAAUUCUGCAGUCAAAUCCCAAAUAUGCUGCUCUUCAUGCAAAUCUCACCAGCAAUAUUUUGAAUCCCAAUGGAUCUACCAGAAACCCCCCUUCACAGAAGGAGAGGGAUGCCAAUUUCCCCGUAAGUGCCCCGCGUUCAAUCUAUACGAGGGAUCAGCUAAAGGUCCCCCAAACAGGCGUUAAAAGAAGCGAGAAUGCGAUCUGCAAAGUCCCAUCUUCUUCUGACGGCCCUACGCAACCUCGAGCUUAUAUCUCCUUCCACGACGAAACCCUCCAAAGCCCAACCAAAACCGCCUCAGCAGCCGCUACCCUCAGAACUUGUCGAACUCAUCCUUCUCCUGACCUCGCGACUAUCCGCAACUGAGAUUUCUCCUGCGCAUAUCAAACUACUGGAAUCCACGCCCCAAUGGCGGUCGCUCCACUCUCAUCUCCCCUACCUGGGUACCCUCCUCUCUACCUACUUUGUGACCCAAGCGUCAGCCCUCACACGAAUCCUCUCACCGACCACAAAUGCCUCAUUCGUGCACCGCAAUAUCCCCAAACUAUGUCCAUCUAUUACUGCUCUUCAGCAAGAGCUAGCCACCAAGAAGGAAUCCCUCCAUAAGAGGCGCAAUGAUUUGACGACCCAAACGACCCUGCUGCUGCAAUGUUACCAAUUCGCCAUAACCUUGACAAUACAGUUAUUAGAGACCUCCAAGCACGGAUCCUUGUCCCUCGAGCGUCACUAUCAAAUCAAGAUCAAUCAUCUUACCCUCGAAGUAGAGAAGGUCGAGCUGGCCGCGAGGGAGAAGGCGAUUAAGGGCGAGAAACUUGUCUAUAAUCCCCAAGUUGUAGAUGCUUUGGUGCGAUAUAAGGAGAAUUUACGAGACGCGAGGGACAGGAUGACGGAUCGCAAGAAGCAGGCUGAGAGAGUGCUCUGGGGGUAUGGGAUUGGUCGGCGAGAAGAUGAAGGUGGUAGGGAAAAGGAAAAGGUCAUGAAAGAGAUUGCCAAAGUAUAUGGAGAAUUAAAUAAGGAAGUGAGGGACGUGGGGAGAGAUGUUGACAGGUUGAGAGGUAAAUGAAAUGUGAUGAUGGAUGUUCCAAGGGCAGCCUCGAAGGGCAUCAACAGGACGCCAUUCGAAGGACGGGAGGACCAUCUCAGAACUCAACAAAUAUGGGAGAUACCAUCUCUUACCUCACAGGUGGCUAACGCACUAAUGCCAACUCCGCAUCCGUGGGAAUUGUGCGAUACAAGUAUAUGACGUGCGCGUGGGAUUGAUAUCAGCUUCAAGGGUAUGGAGGUUGCAAAAUAUCAAUGGAUCAAGGAGUGAUAUUUCGCUAGCCGUACGGCGCGAUUUGCGCGAUUUUCAACACAAAUCGCAUACUCGAGUAUAACUUAAAUGAUCUACCUGCUCUGUUUUCAGGCAGAGAAAUAUUUGCUGCCAAUGAUCCCAAACCAUAAAGUUCUACACAGGAUUUACUUCAUGAUAUUGAAUUAUCGCAAUCGGAAUUCUGGCAUAAUAUUCUCGACCCCUGGUGCUGGU